GGUCGGCGGAGGGAGGCAGGUGUCUUCGCCGCCCCUCCUCGCUACGGCGGGUUCAUGGUCCCCGAAAAUGCUAAACGGGAGGCUGGGGGCUCGUGGUGAAUCGGGGUCCUGGGGGAGAUCCCCCAUGGGGUCUUUCGGCAUAUUUGCGGUGGGGGAUGCUGCUGUUCGUAGGCCAACUCACCUGGAGGCUGCAAGUUGAGGCAGGCUGGGCUAGAUCCUGAAAGCACCGCAGCUGGUUUGGGUUUUCUGGUCUGCCACAGGGCAGGGGAUCCGGCCUUUGUAAUCCGCCGUCAUCUGAGGAGGGGCACAGAUCCACCAGCCCUGGUCUGAUCCUGCCACCACCUCUUUUCAGUGAGCAAAGUUGCCAACACAAUAUUGUUACAGGAGUCAGGGCAGAAGGCCACAUCAGCAAUCCUUAUGCAAAGCAAAGCAGUGUCUAUAUUUUCAAUAACUGGUUAUGGAUAUCUCUCAGCAAUGUGUCUUGAGAUCUGUAUGUAAAUUAGAAGUGGGCAUGCUGUCUGUCGGGCUUCCGUUCAUACCCUGUGCUGCCCCAUAUGGUAUUAAAAAAGCAGAAAAUGCUUUUGCACAGUAUGGGAUAAUGAAAGGAUAUAACUGGACUUUCUAGUGAACCCCAUUUUCCACCUACUAACAUUGGAAAUGGAUCCAAGUAAUCUGCUUUCCCUGAUUCUUUGGCGUCUCAGGCUGCCUGCAUGAAAUCUUUGCAUUUGGCAGAGCUGUUUGCCCCGUUAUUGAAACUUUCUCGAAUUUACAGUCGAGAUGUUUUAAGGUAAGGCAAAAUGGAAGGGUCGCUGUACCUGCCCUUUUCAGCAACUAAACAAAGCUUGCAAAUUCUCAGAAUCAGAGAGAAGCCUGUUCCGCUAUCGGAAGCAGUGAGCUGGGUGGUCUCAAUUGCGUGGGAGCACUUUCUACUUUACCAUGUCCUCGAGCCAGUGGCUGAGACUCCACUUCGUAGGCUUGGCUGCUGACUUCAGGAGACGCAGUUCUCCAGGCCCGUUUGCCAGUGGCUUCCGAUGGUGUUCGUUAGGCCAGCUGCAGAACCCGCUUUAUUUGCUUUUUAUUGCUGAACUUUAUUCCCUUAGCUUUGAUGGGUCUCUAAUCCAUCCAAACCGGAUGGAACUGGCUUGCUCUUGGGUGCUUCCUUGAGGGCACAGUGUAGGCCAAAAGACGAGGUAAAAAUUAACGAAAAUGUGGUAUGGCUGGACUGCAGCGCCUCUUUGUAGUGGCCCUAAAUGAUGCUCAGUGGUGUCCACAGAACUGACGGGUUGACACUGAAGAUACCUCAGUCGUCUUUAAGCGCCAACUGUCUUUCGGAAAUCUUUUGUUUUAUUCUGGAUCUUUUCCUUUCUGCUCUCCUUUUAGAUAGGACAAUGCAAGUAGAUUCAAGAGAUUUGUUGAAGGAAUUUCCCCAACCUAAAAAUUUGCUUAACAGUGUCAUUGGAAGAGCCCUGGGAAUCUCUCACGCAAGAGACAAGCUGGUAUAUAUCCAUACCAAUGGGCCACGGAAAAAGAAAGUCACGCUGCUCAUCAAGUGGCCAAAAAAUGUGGAGGUGGAAGGCUACGGGACCAAAAAGAUCGAUGCAGAACGCCAGGCUGCCGCGGCUGCUUGCCACCUCUUCAAGGGCUGGGGCUUGCUGGGCCCCCGGAACGAGCUCUUCGACGCUGCCAAGUACCGCAUCCUUGCCGAGCAGCUGGGCUGCCCCGACGAGAGGUGGUGCUCGGAGGGCAGGUGGCGCUCCAAGUCCGGGCCGUCUCUGGCCGACCUCUCCACCUGCUGGCGGCGGAUGGAGCCCGAUGAGGCCAUCCAGCCCCUGGAGCACAACCGGCCGCCGAAACCCAUCCGGAAGGAGGAGCUGGAGGAGGGGGAGCUGGAGGAGGGAGAGCUGGAGGAGGGGGAGCUGGAGGAGGACACCAUCGACGUUUCGGACUACCUCUCCAUGACCCAUUCGGAGCCCCGCACCCCCCCCAGGGACACGAGGGAUGGGUUCUCCGUGGACAUGACGGAUGACAACACGGCCCUCCGGGCUCUGACCCAGUUUCCGCUGCCCAAGAACCUCCUGGCGCAGGUGAUCCAGAUUGCCACGUCUUCAUCGACCGUCAAGGAGUACAUGCAGUUCCGCACGGUGGGCACCAAGACCAAGCUGUGCAAGCUGACGCUGCGCUGGCCCUGCCCCAUGACCUUCGCCGCCAAAGGCCGCCGCAAGGUGGAGGCCGAGAACAAGGCCGCCGCUCUGGCCUGCCAGAAGCUGAAGAGCCUCGGCCUGGUGGACAAGAACAACAACCCUCUGAGCCACGCCAUGUACAACAUGACGUCCCUCCGGGAGCUGGGCGAGAACCAGAGGAAGCCCUGCCACAUCAAGGUGCCGGAGGCCACGCUGCGCAAGAUCGAGAACUACCUGAACCACUUCCCCGUGGACACCCGGGAGUCCAGGCCGCGGCUGGCAGAGGACAUGAUGACCCUGAACAAGGAGACGGGGGCCAUCAGCGACGCCAUCACGGGCAGGACCUACAUCCCCAUGUCCGAGCCGGAGGAGGUGCGCCUCAGCCAGAACCUCCUGGCCCUCUGGAAGAGGAGGGGCGCCGCGUGGCAGGAGAGCCACCCCCUCCCGGUGGACUCCCACAAGGAGGCGAUCCUCUCGGCCGUGGAGCAGCACCCGGUGGUGGUGAUAGCCGGGGACACGGGCUGCGGCAAGACCACCCGCAUCCCGCAGCUGAUCCUGGAGCACUGCAUCCUGGAAGGACGCGGUGCCCAGUGCAACAUGGUCAUCACGCAGCCACGGCGGAUCAGCGCCAUCUCCGUGGCCCAGCGGGUGGCCCAGGAGCUGGGCCCCAACAUGCGGAAGAACGUGGGCUACCAGGUGCGGCUGGAGAGCAAGCCCCCCGCCCGCGGGGGAGCCCUGCUCUUCUGCACCGUGGGCAUCCUCCUGCGGAAGCUGCAGGGCAACCCCCGCCUGGAGGGGGUGAGCCACGUCGUGGUGGACGAGGUGCACGAGCGCGACGUCAACACCGACUUCCUGCUCAUCCUGCUCAAGGGGGUGCAGAAGCAGAACCCCAACCUGCGGCUGGUGCUGAUGAGUGCCACGGGGGACAACCAGCGCUUCUCCCAGUACUUUGGGGACUGCCCGGUGGUCAAGGUGCCGGGCUUCAUGUAUCCCGUCAAGGAGUACUACCUGGAGGAGAUCCUGGCCAUGCUGGGGCGCCACAGGCACCGGCACUACGAGAUCAAGCAAUCGGACGAGGAGUGCGUGCUGGACUUGGAGCUGAUGACGGACCUCAUCCUCCAGAUAGACGUGCACGGAGAGCCAGGUGGCAUCCUCUGCUUCCUCCCCGGCUGGCAGGAGAUCAAAGGAGUCCAGCAGCGCCUCUUGGAGUCCCUCGGGCCUCACAACAGCCGCUACCUUGUCUUGCCAGUUCAUUCCAACAUCCCAAUGAUGGACCAGCAAAGCAUCUUCCCGCGCCCUCCCCCCGGCGUGCGGAAGAUCGUCUUGGCCACCAACAUCGCCGAGACCUCCAUCACCAUCAACGACAUCGUUCACGUGGUGGACAGUGGGACCCACAAGGAGGAGCGCUACGACCUCCGGACCAAGGUCUCGUGCCUGGAGACCGUGUGGGUGUCCAAGUCGAACGUCAUCCAGAGGCGAGGGCGCGCCGGGCGCUGCCAGUCCGGCUUUGCCUACCACCUCUUCCCUCGCAGCCGCCUGGACAGGAUGCCCACCUUCCAAGUGCCUGAAAUCCUCCGCACCCCCCUGGAGAACCUGGUGGUUCAGGCCAAGAUCCACAUGCCGGAGAAGACGGCGGUGGAAUUCCUCUCCAAAGCCCUGGACAGCCCAGACAUCAAGGCGGUGGACGAGGCGGUGAUCCUCCUGCAGGAAAUCGGGGUGCUGGACCACCGGGAGGCGCUGACCAUGCUGGGGAAGCGCCUCGCCCAGAUCUCCACGGACCCCCGGCUGGCCAAGGCUAUCGUGGUGGCCUCCAUCUACCGCUGCAUCCAGCCGCUCCUGGUCAUUGUCUCCUGCCUCACCCGCGACCCGUUCAGCAGCAGCCUGCAGAACCGCACCGAGGUGGACAAGGCCAAGGCCAUCCUGAGCCGGGAGAGCGGCAGCGACCACCUGGCCUUCGUGCGGGCCGUGGCCGGCUGGGAGGACGUGCUGCGGCGCCGGGACAGCCGUGCCCGCGACAACUACCUGCAGGACUACCUCCUCUACGCGCCCAGCCUGCGCUUCAUCAACGGCCUCGUGAAACAGUUCUCCGAAAACCUCUAUGAGGCCUACCUGGUGCCCACCCCCUCGGACUGCCUCUUGCCUUCCUCCGUGUGCAACCAGUACAGCGAGGAAGAGGAGCUGGUGAAGGGCGUCCUCAUGGCCGGGCUGUACCCCAACCUCAUCCAGGUGCGGCAAGGCAAAGUGACCAGGCAGGGCAAAUUCAAGCCCAACAGCUACACCUACCGGACCAAGGCCGGGACCGUCCUCCUGCACAAGUCCACGAUAAACAGGGAGGCGUCGAAGCUCUACAGCCGCUGGCUGACGUACUUCAUGGCGGUCAAGUCGAACGGAGGGGUGUUCGUGCGCGACUCCUCGCAGGUGCACCCGCUGGCCGUGCUGCUCAUGACCGACACGGACAUCCACGUGCGCGAUGACGGCUGGCGAGCGACCGUCUCACUCGCGGACAGUGACCUCCUCGUGCUGGAGGGGGACUCGUACACCAUCCGGCUCCUGCGGGACUUCCGUGUGGCCCUCUCCCGGAUGGUGGAGACGUGUCUUUGCUACGAGAUGGCGGCCAUCCCCGGAGACCUUCACCACCAGCACAGCCAGCUCCUGGAUAUCUUAGUCGACCUCCUCAAAGGGCCCCCAGGCAGCUUUGGAGCCUAGUUCUGGCAGCAGCCCAGGAUUCGGACAUGGGGACUUGUAAUUUGUACAAAGAGUUGACAAAAUGUUUAUUUAAAUAAAGUUCUAUUUAUCCCUUGUGA